AUGGCGGAGCAGGACACAGGCAUGGACCAGGUGCUGGAAGCCGUGGCUGACGCGGUGGCGCAGCUGGUCAUGUUCUCGGUCGAGGCCGAGGAGAACAAUUCCAUUCUCCCCGACAUCGUGCCUGGCGCCCAGGCGGUGCAGGGUGCGGUGAAUGCGCUGGUGGACAUUGCGAGCCAGAUGGCGCAGCGGUACGGGUCGGAGCCCAAGAUCCAGCAGAAGAUGCUGGAGGCGGCGACGACGAUCCGGGGUGCGACGCAGCAGAUCGUGAACGACGCGACGACGCUGUCGCGGGACCAGAUGAGCCAGCAGGCCAAGAAGAGCCUGCUGCGGUCGGCCAAGGAGGUGCUGCAGGGCACGGUGUCGGAGCUGCACCUGGCGGACAAGUACGACGUCAUCAAGCUGGUCAAGGCGGCCACGCUGUGCAAGGACGACGUGCAGCGGUCCUACGGGGUGACGACGGCGGACCAGAUCAUGGACGUGGCGCGCACGCUGUCGGCCAACGUGGUGGCCACGGUGAAGCUGGUCAACCAGCGCAUCGCCAUCCUCGUGGACCCGAUCUUCCGGCGGCGCCUGGACACGGCCAACGAGAUCGCCAAGAACAGCAUCCAGAGCCUGGUGCGGGCCAUGGGCGACGUGGUCAAGCGGCCGGCCGACGCGACGGCGCGCGCCGAGCAGCGGCGCAUCUCGCGCGAGUUCGAGGAGGCCAUGGACGAGAUCAUCGAGGUGGCGCGCCUCUCGUGCAAGUCCAUGUUCGAGGGCCUCGACCUGGACUUUGGGCUCGACCCGCCGGCGCGCCCGACGCUGCUCGAGCUGCGCGCGUGCCACGAGCGCAUCGUGCGCGAGGUGGGCAACCUGGACGCCGCGGCCAACGCGCGCACGCCCGAGGCGGCGGCGCACGCGCUGCACAUGAUCAACGCGGCCAUCAUGAACGAGGUGCGGCUGGCCACGGAGAUCGCCGACUCGUGCGCCGAGGACGUGCACAAGAUCAACAUCCUCGAGGCCUGCGACCGCGUCGAGAAGAUGCCCUCGGAGCUCACCCCGGCCGCCAAGGACACCCUCCGCCGCGCCGCCGACCCGUCGGCCAAGGCCCGCCUCGAGACCUUUGAGCAGCAGACCAUCGACGCCUCAGCCGCCGUCGUGGCCGCCGUCGCCCUGUCGUCGUCGGCCAAGGACAACCUGAUCACCAUCGGCCGCGAGAUGGACCUCCACCUCACCCAGCUCGACGACGGCGUCGACGAGAAGAACAAGGCCAAGGCCGCCAAGGCCGCCAAGAACGUGGCCGACGACAUCAGCAACGCCACCAUGAUCGCCACCGCCAUCGCCGACGCCGCCGAGGACCCGCGCACCGCGUCGGCCGUGCGCGCCGAGGUGGACAACAUCAACGCCCUCGCCCCGGGCCUCAUCAGCGCCACCAAGGCCGCCAUCGCCGAGCCCAACAACGCCCUCGCCGCCGCCGCGCUCCACAAGGAGACCGGCGCCAUGCGCGAGGCCAAGGACCGCCUCAUCGACGCCGCCACGCUCAGCCCCGAGGAGCUCCUGGCCAAGCGCGCCCGCGAGCUCGCCGACGAGCUCCGCAAGCUCGAGGAGGCCAUCCGCGCCGGCAACCUGCCCGAGGUGGCCGCCCGGCUCAAGGCCGCCAAGGCCAAGAUCGCCGACCAGCUCGCCCUCGCGCGCGCCCUCGCCGCCGCCUGCACCGACCCGGUGCGCCGCAAGGAGCUCGAGGCCGCCAUCGCCGAGCUCGAGCGCCUCGAGGGCCAGCUGCUCCCGGUCUCCAAGGCCGCCCUCUCCGGCGACAAGGCCGCCCUCGCCGAGCUCGAGCGCCUCCUCACCGAGCUCGGCCGCGUCGAGCAGCGCCUGCAGGACGCCGCCAAGCCCACCCCCGACGAACACCUCCGCCAGCUCAACGCCGACGUCGCCGAGAACCUCGCCCUCCUCGCCGACGCCCUGGCCCGCGGCGACAUCGCCGCCGCCCGCCGCGCCACCGACGCCAUCCGCCGCGCGCUCGACAAGGAGAUCGACCUCCUCCGCCAGCUAGAGGAGCAGGAGACCGACCCGCACCGCCGCCGCCAGCUCGCCGAGGUACGCGAGCGCCUCGAGCGCCUGCGCCCCGAGUUCGACGCCGCCGCCAACCACGCCCUCGAACACCCCGACGACCCCGCCGCCCGCGCCGCCCUGGAGCGCGUGCUCCGCGAGCUCGAGGCCGCCGGACGCAACAUGGACCGCAUCUUCCCCUCCGAGGACGAGCGCAUGGCCCAGCUCGCCGACCGCAUCAAGCGCGACCUCGACCAGCUCCACGCCGCCGCCCAGAAGGGCGACAGCCCCGCCACCGCCACCGCCGUCAAGACCGCCGUCAGCGACGUCGGCCAGCAGCUCGCGCUCGCCUCCGUCCUCGCGGACAAGGCGACGGAUCCGCUCCAGAAGCGCAAGAUCCAGGAGGAGAUGGGCAACGUGAAGGCCCUCACCCCGCAGCUGGUGCAGGCCACCAAGGGCUACCUGGCCAGCCCCAACGACCCCAAGUCCCUCGAGGCCCUCCGCAACGCCAUCAACGACAUCAACGCGGCGGUGCAGGCUCUGAGCGCGGCGUCGACCAUGCCGCCCGAGCAGCAGCUGGUGGAGCAGGCCGCCGCCAUCAGCUCCGCCCUCGCCGAUCUCCAGCAGCACGCGGGGCAGGGCGAUCGCGAAGCCACCGCUGUUGACAACCGCCUCAUCUCCAACGCCGUCCCGAGGCAGGUGGACCUGCUGCAGCAGUUCGUGGAGUCGCAGGGCGACAACCCCUACCAGAAGGCCCUCGUCGAGAAGGAGGGCGCCGCCCUCAAGCGCCUCGUCCCCGAACUCCUCACCGUGUCGACGCGGGUGGCGGGCAACCCGAACGACCAGGCUGCCAAGAAGCAGCUGGCGGAGCUGGUGGAGAGCGCCAAGAGCCUCAACAACGCCCUCCUCUCGGCCACCACCUCCCCCGACGACCAGAUCCUCACCACCACCUCCACCGUGGGCCAGGAGCUGCAGCGCCUCGGCAAGGCCGUGGAGGAGCGGGAUAUGCCGGCGACCGACGCCUCGCUCAAGGCGCUCAAGGACGCCAUCGCGCAGGAGGCCCUGGUGGUGCGGCAGCUUGCGGACAAGGAGACCGACCCGCAGCGCAAGAAGGACCUCCUCGACGCCAUCAACUCGCUCGAGGGACUCCUCUCCCAGCUGGGCCUCGUCGCCAAGGCGGCGGCGACGGGCGACCAGCGGGCCAAGGCGCAGUUUGACCAGAUGGUGCGAGACAUGGAGGCGGCCAACAACCGCAUCGCGGAGCUGACCACCAAGCCCACCAAGCAAUUGAUCGCCGAGAACGCCAACCAGCUCCACCGCAACCUCGAUCAGCUCGCCGACUCCCUCAACAAGGGCGACAAGGAAGCGGCCAAGGCCCUGCUCGGUGCCACGCAGAAGGGGCUGCUCAAGCAGCAGAACCUGGUGAAGGCGCAGGCCAACAGGACGACCGACCCGCGCCAGCGGAAGGACCUCCUCGCCGCCCUCCACGACCUCGAUCGCGUGCUCAACGACCUGCCCCUCAGCGUGCGCAGCGCCAUCAACAACCCGGCCGACAACCCCAAGGCCCUCAACGACAUCCGCUCCGCCCACGGCGCCGUCGACAAGAGCGUGAACGCGGUCAAGGCCAACGAGGAGUUCGAGCUGUUGACGGUGUUCAACCGGAUCACGCACAACGUCAACGCGGUGCCCCACUCGGUGCAGACCAACAACGUGCCGGCGCGCAACGAACAGGUGAAGGGCAUCAAGGCCGGCAUCGACGAGGAGAAGGCCCUGGUGGACCAGCUCAGGCAGCGCGGUGACGCCAAGCUGGACGAGGGCAAGGUGCGGGGCGCGCUGGCCGACGUGGACAGCUCCUUCAAGGAGUUCCUCCAGCAGGUCCAGGUGGCCUCCGCGGCGCCCACCUCCGCGUCCGAGCUCAAGAAGCUGGCCGACGCCGGCGAGAAGCUCAAGCAGCACCACGUCAAGCUCUUCCACGGCAUCCUCGGCGACCCCGCCAAGCUCGCCGACGCCGUCAUCGACACCAACUACGCCCUCGACGACUCCCUCGACCGCCUCCAGGCCGCCGUCAGGCGCGGCAACCGCCAGGACGCCACCGACGCCCUCCACGAUGCGGUGGACAACCUGGAGAAGCAGGCCGUGCUGAUGUCGCUCCUCGCGGACCAGACGACGGACCCCAAGCAGAAGCAGGCCCUCAAGGCCCUCGCCCAGAAGUUCACCGACGCCAAGGCGCGCCUCACCGCCGACACCCACCAGGCCCUCGCCCACCCCAACGACAAGGCCGCCCAGGACAAGUUCCACAAAACGGUGCAGGACACCAAGGCGCUCAACGCCGAGGCGGUGGUGCAGAGCCAUGCCGACCUGGAGAGGGACAUCAGAAACGGGCAGAAGGCCAUCGCCGACAAGAUGCAGGCCAUCAUGAACGCCCUCAACGCCGGCGACAAGGAGACCGCCGAGCGCCUCCUCCAGGAGCUCGAGAAGGACCUCAAGAAGCAGGCCAUCUUGUGCAAGGUGAUGGCCGGCCGCACGACCGAUCCGCGCAAGAAGAAGCAGUUCCUGGACGCCGCCGCCAACCUGCAGAGCAUGCUCAACCAGCUGGGCGGACCCUUCCGCGACCUCCUCAUGAAGAAGGGCGGCGAGAAGGACGCGGCCGAGUUCAUGAACAAGCUCUUCAACGACGUCUUCAAGGUCAACCAGAAGAUCGAGGACGGCCUCGCCGAGGAGAAGGAGGAGGAGGAGGAGCCCAAGGACGAGAUCAUGCAGGCCGCCAGGCACGUCGAGAAGGUCGUCAACAUGAAGGAGAUCAACGCUGACACGGCCGAGGGCCGCAUCUACCUCGCCGCUCGCAAGAUCGCCGAAGAGAUGGCCCUCAUGUCGCAGGCCGCUGCCCGCGGCGCCAACUCUGAGGUGAUCGUCAUCUCUCGCCGCAUCCACGCCCUCGUGGGCCAGGUGGGGACCAACUCCAAGGCCGUGGCCGACGCCUGCAAGGACCCCAUCCUCCGCGACCAGGCACGGAUCUAUAUCUUCUUCUUCUCCUUCUUCUUCUUCGUGGCUUCGAGACUUUUCGCCCUUGUGAUGUCGAUCACGCACGCCAUCAACAACAUCUCCGUGCAGCUCAAGAUCAUCACCGCCGUGAAGGCUGCGGGCGGCACCACCGACAACUCUGUCAAGGCCCAGCUGGUGAAGUGCGCCAAGGGCCUGGCGUCCAACGUCGUCAAUGUGUGCAACGCCGUGGAAAUCGCCUCCAUUCGCGUCUAA